UCUCUCUAGCUAGCUUGCAAAACAGAGAAGAGGACACUACAAGGAAGAAGUAAAGCUAUCAACAGCAACUAUAACAAGGAAAAAACGAAGCAAUAAUACAAGAAAGAAAGGGAAAAGAAAUCUUGGAGCUUACUAAACCACUGUCAAGGGUGGCCAAGAAAAUGGCGUGCGUGCUAGGAGGAGCCGACGGAGAUUUGAACUACGAGGAAACUGAGCUGUGUCUAGGAUUGCCUGGUGGUGGAAAAUCUGAGGUGGAGACCACCACACCUAAGGCUCCUGGGAAAAGAGGAUUUGCAGAGACUGUUGAUUUGAAGCUUAAUCUUCAGGGUAAGGAUGCUGUCAUGGAUCUGAAUGAUAAUAUCAAGAAUGCUUCAAAGGACAAGAACCACCUUCCUGCUGCUACCGUCAAGGACCCCGCCAAGCCACCAGCCAAGGCACAAGUUGUGGGUUGGCCACCAGUUAGAUGUUACAGGAAGAACAUUAUGGCUCAGAAGAACACCAGCGAGGUAGGUGAGAAAGCAAGUGGCAAUAGUGCAGCAUUUGUGAAGGUUUGCAUGGAUGGUGCACCUUAUCUUCGUAAGGUAGACCUGAAGAUGUACAAAAGCUACCAAGAGCUCUCUGAUGCCUUGGCCAAAAUGUUCAGUUCCUUCACUAUGGGUAAUUAUGGAGCCCAGGGAAUGAUAGACUUCAUGAAUGGAAGCAAAUUGAUGGAUCUUCUCAACAGCUCUGAGUAUGUGCCAACCUAUGAAGACAAGGAUGGUGACUGGAUGCUCGUGGGUGAUGUUCCAUGGGAGAUGUUUGUGGAAUCAUGCAAGCGCUUGCGCAUUAUGAAAGGAUCUGAAGCUAUUGGACUUGCACCAAGAGCUAUGGAGAAAUGCAAGAGCAGAACCUGAAAUGAGCAAACCACACUUAAAUUUCAGCUUGCAAGCUGCGGUAUACUGUGCUAGAUUCCUCUAUAUUUAGUCUUCAUAUCCAAGAAGGCUAUCGGUAGACGACAAGGCACUAGUGCAAGCAAAACAAAAAUGGUGUUUCUUUGGAUGUGUCUGUGCUUUUAAUUUGGUGGUAUAUAGAUGUAUCAAAGAUCUAGGUACAUUUGUAACGAACAAGAAGCAAUAAACCUUAACCCUAUUGUCUGGCUUGUUUAUUGCUAA